AUGACAGCGAGAAGAGCAAAGAAAAAAGAAAAAAAAAUCGUCAUUAAUUACUUCAAACCGAGGGUUGAUAUAGAGCAUGUUAUUAGCCGAUGUUCGAAUCUGUUAACUAAACUUUACGUGGAGGUUCCAGAAACUAAUGAUGAUAAAACACCCGAAACGAUCGAUUAUCAACUAGAUUUAAUAAAUAAAAGAACUAAAGAACGAAAGAAUUAUAAUCCAUGGUCGUGGAGUUCAUAUUCUGGUGAAAAUGGAAAACUUUGCGAAGUGGAUACAAAAUAUAUUAAACCGAGUUUAUCCAAAGAUGUUAAAGGAAAAUGGUACCUGAUCGUUCAAACUGAAAACUACAUUCAGAAAGUCCAUCUAGAGACAUGCAGAAACGUAGGCGAAUCUUGUAAAAAACUAGGUAACUGCGGUUUAAAAUCGAAAUGUGUACAGAAGUAUAGCUAUCAGUUAUUGAUAAGUAUCGAUCCUCAGAAGUUUNGAUAA